ACGUUUUCCACUCGCUACGGCGCUGCUCUGAGAUAAAGGCACAUUCCGAAGUUACGUCUUUCGUGAGAGUAGUAUCUGUGUUGGUGUGUGAGUGUGCUAAAGUGUGCGAGUGACCAGCAACAACAGCAACAAAAACAACAGCGUGCAACAAGAGCGUUUGCCACUAAUUAAAUGCUAAAGUGUGGUGUCUGUCUGUCAAUUGAAUCGAAACGAUACGACUUUUGAUUGAAUUAAAAUACAAAUUACACGAAAAAAAGUACAAAGUUAACAAAAGGAAAACAGCAGCAGCAACACCAAUUCCAAUUAACGGUAAUUAAGCCGGUGAGCCCGCGAUAAUUUUUCCUACACUUUCCUCCUUGUGCGAGGAAGUCGAAGUGGCAAAAGAUUGUAUUUUUUACACACAUACACUCUUUUAUUUCGGGGAUAAUUAAAACCGAGAGUGGAGUGGAGUGCCGCCGUGUGUGUGUCCCUCCUCCGUCCUUUGUGCAAAGGGAAACAAUUUUCAUUAAACCGGCGCGGCACUAAAAGGAUUACCCACCCGUUCAUCUUCAUCAGGCUCCGCCGCAAAACCCCUGGCACCGAAAAGCGUUCUUUCUGUGGCUUCAGCUUCACCGGAAAUCGUAACCGCAAAAACAAAUCUUGAAAUUAUGAUGCCGCAAUGUCGUGCCCAAGAGACACGUCGCCGUUUGGGCUCUGUGAGCGACUCGGCCCCUCCAUCAGAGUCCAGCGAUGGCACUGGCUUCUCAUCGGCCUCGUCGGAGCAGAGGGAGGAGCUGAUACUCCACGCGGACUGGUCGGGUGCCCAUUCACACUCUUCGGCCCAGAGGAGCAGUGCCCACGGCACCACAUCGCUCUAUAAUGCGUCGGACAUCGACGCGGACACCAUCAGCACGGACACCACAAGCAACACGAACCUCUCCGACUACGAGCGCGGUCAGGUGGAGAGCUUCUUCGGUGGCCUUGGCACCGAGAUCUUUGUGAGCGGAGCCCUGGCCAAUCUCUACGAGGGCACUGGCAACGACGGCGACUGGCGUCUGGUCUUCACGGGCAUACCCGUGAUCCUUCACGACAAGGGCAACUCCCGGGCCAGAUCCAUACCCAGGGUGACUCUGGUGCUGGCCGAGAGGGGCUCCUGUUUCGCCCUCUGGUCGGAUCGCAUUGACAACUUGUCCAACUAUCGGCUUGCGGGUCCGUCCUUCCACACCAUGUGCCUGUCGAGCAAUCACCAGCAGAUGAUCGGCUUCAGCUUCGACUCCACAGAUGCCGCCCGCGAGCUCUGGCAGCACGUGGAGCGUCUGGUCAGCGAUCCGGAGAACAUAGCCCUGACCGUGCCCGGCACUCGCAAGCAGAAGAAGCAGAAGCGCGUGAAGCCGGCCCCGUUGCCGCCCAAGUCACAGAUAUCGCAUCCGUGCCAGUUCCAUCACGUGACCAGUGUGGUGAAGGAGGACAGCGAGCGGUACUACAGCAUGCAGGCCUUCGGACCGCACAAUCCCCAACAGCAUCGUUGAGUAGGGUCGGGCGCGUGGAUCUGGAACACAAGCGCCCUUUGGUGGCAGAACUAAGCCCAGGCCCAGGCCAACCCGACUCCAACUCCAGCGAUCACCCCUUAGUUGAUAGAGUUUAGAUCUAUGAUAUAUACCUACGUAUGUAUAUCUUUGUUAUAGCCGCGUUUCGGGCCUAAGUUAUGCCAAUGUGUGCUCUGAGGAGGAUUCUCGGAUGGCACAUUCAUCUGUGAUACGAUUUAGGCGUCUACAAACAUAGAAAUAUUAAUUAGCAUUUGGAAAAGGAAACUGAAAAUUUACAAAAAAGAAUAAUUCAAUUCAAGGCAAAAAAUCGAAAGAGAACUUUUCAAAGUUAUAUAACCCAAUAUAUUCGAUAAACGAUUCAAGAUUAGCGAUAAAACGAUUGUCAAUAAGCGUGCGGAGUUUUGUAAACCUUUUCUAAUAUCACACAUACACACCAUAACCAUAAUUAUAUAUAUAGUAUAUAGUUCCCGAUAUCGUAAUCUGCAUGUCCAUUUUGCAAUUGCUGCAAAAAUGUUUUUGAUACCAUAAGCUUGUUUUUUUAAUCGGACUAUGACUACACA